GGCAACUACAUCAAACGUCACACAAAAGUCAUGGUGCACGUUCACGUGGAGGGCGUGGUUUAACACAAGGAGCGAACCCAGAAGAGGGUCUCGUCUCUGAGUGGAUGUCACCUGCACCCGCUUCUGCAGCGGACUGUCGUCAGCGGAGAAGAGCAGCUUCGUGCUGCUCGUCGCCCGGAGGCUGGAAGCCGUUAUCUCCCACGUCCACUGAACACGGACCCAGCGGCUUCUCUACAGGCCAGAAGCCGAUCAGCCCGUUGAUGAAGCGGGGUUGUGCUGGGUUCCGGUUCCCAGGUUGCACAGGCCACUGUUCUCCAGAACCAGGGAAAAGACGUGUCUUCCUGAGCUCCACGGAACAAAGCGGAGGCGCAGUGAUCUGGAGGAUCCACCGCUACAGCGCCGGAGGAAACCGGACACGGCCCCGCAGGGCUACAAUGGUAGGAAGCACACAGCUGACAUGUCUGGGCCACGCUUCAGCAGCCAGCUGGGCACUGCCCCACCUGUCGGACCAAGGGUUGUUUCCAUAGUCACCAGCCUUGUGACCACCACGGCAGAGGCCGCCGUUGGCGCCACAGGGAACCUGUCGGCGUUCAGGGACCAGCGGGGGAACGAGCCCGGCCGAGGCCCGGGGGCGGUCACGCCAUCAGUGCUGAGCGCCGCCGACGCCAACUCCGUGUUGCAGGGCAUCACGGUGGCAGCUCAGGCUCUGGUUCUCCUCUCCAUCUUCCUCCUGUCCAGCUUCGGUAACUCUGCGGUCGUCAUCGUCAUCAUCAAGCACAGGCAGCUUCGGACGGUGACCAACGCUUUCAUCAUGUCCCUGUCGCUGUCCGACUUCCUCACGGCUGUUCUGUGUCUGCCCUUCUCCUUCAUCAUGCUGUUCAGCAAGGACGGGAUCUGGAUGUUUGGGGACCGCUUCUGUGUUGCCAAUGGUUUUUUUAACACCUGCUUCGGUAUCAUCUCCACCUUGACGAUGACUUUGAUCUCCUUUGACAGAUACUACGCCAUUGUCAGACAGCCACAGGCUAAAAUGGGCUGGCAGAGAGCCACUCAGCUGUUGCUGGCUGUGUGGCUGACUGCUGUUCUCUUUUCUCUGCCUUGGUAUUUGUUGGUGCCGACACCCGCACAGAUCCACAAGCGAGGCUUCUACCACUGUAUGUACGUGUUCCACUCGGGGACCUCGCGCAUGGGGACGGCCUACAGCAUCUGCCUCAUUGUUGUCUGUUACUUACUGCCUUUCUCCCUUAUGUGUUUUUGUCAUUAUAAUAUCUGUAAAACCGUGCGGCUCUCUGAAAUCCGCAUCAGGCCGGUGACCACGUACGCAUAUUUGCUGCGCUUUUACAGUGAGAUGCGAACGGCCACCACGGUCCUGAUUAUGAUUGUCUUUGUGAUUUUUUGUUGGGGGCCAUAUUGUUUAAUGGGCUUGGUAACGGCAAUGGGAGACUACACAUUCAACCCCGCUAUGGACACGGUGGCCGUGUGGCUCGCGUGGGCCAACGGAGCCAUCAACCCCCUGAUCUACGCCCUGAGAAACCCCAACAUUUCCAUGCUCCUGGGCCGCGGCAGAGAGGAAGGCUACCGGACCAGGCACGUAGCCGCCUACCUGUCCGGCCAAACCCGCGGCCGCGAGACGCAGCUCAGCCACGCAGACCGGAUCAGAGAUCGGCACGCGAGUCGCGUGGGCGCGAGCAACAGCAGCCGGCUGUCGACGUCAAGCCCCGGUAAAGGAGGCGGUGGAGAAGUGGCCAUGUGGGCCUGUAGGAACCCGGCUCUGUUCUUCUGCAGGGACGCUCAGCUCGACACCGCGACGCUCCCCAAGUCUGCCGGCGCACCCGCGACCAAGACGACGGACACCAGCCUGUGACGCGCCGAGUCACAGCGUGGAGGACGAACGUGCUGGAGGCCGAGCGGUGAGGCCCAUUGGUCUUAUUGGUGCAUUCCUCAAGAAGAUAUGUUGGAAAUGCUGCAGAGGUCACCUGGGUACAAAUGUACUGUGAAGUAAAUGGAGUGAUCUUCAUCGAAACAUAUCACCGAAGAGUCACUGCACAAACUGACACGGUUUAAAGACUCUGCAGCUGUGGAUGUGUUCAACCAGGACUUCUGGAGACCUUUCUGACAGCAUAGUUGUAAUAAGCUAAUGCUAUAGCAGCUUCCUAUAUUUUGGACUGUUAUGUGUGACAGGAGCCACUGAUGCAAAUAUUAAUACAUGACUUUAACUUUAGGUGGACUCUACCUGUAACACUGGUGGGUGCAGCAGCACAGAGGAACCGUCCAGCAGACCCAGGCUGAGGGGAUGACGAUGAUGACGACAGAAGUCAGGACUUACACCCUGGAGACACGCGAGGCCGACACCUGUUGAACAGAACAGAGGGUUAGGCGUGUCCGUAAAGGGAGGAGGACGUUGGGUGCAGCCGUCUGAAUUAACGGGAUGCUGCACUUUAUCUCUGUAGCCAACCUGGUAUCUGACCAACCUCUAAUGGCUACAAAUCACAAACUACACAAAGCAGUUGAUUUGACUUUAGGUUUAAGUAUUUUAUAUUUUUUAAAAUUGAAUGUUGGCUUUCAGUGUUAAAGGUCAUGCCAAAAUAAAGAGAUACAGAUGUA